AUGUUGACCUUCAGCCAUCUGGAUGCAGACGCAUUCGAAAACCCCAAGAAAAAUAACGGUCGAAAGAGACCCCGCUUUCGGGAGCCUGUGGCAUGUAAUCAUUGUCGAAAAUCCAAAGUGCGCUGCAAUCGCAAGUCACCAUGCAAACCGUGCCAAGAUCGUGGAAAGGCAACACAGUGCGCUUACUCCCGUCCCAGAAGUCCAGCAGGCUCGGAAUUUGCCAGACCAUUAGUAUCGAGAGUAUCCUCUCGAAGCAAAGAGAUCGAUCUACUCGCGUUGCAACAGCCGGCACCCCACUCCCCCGAUGGCGAGAUCCACGAUCCACAAUCGCCCCAUAACCAGUCCACCGCCAGUCAUGCUAAUAGUGCUUUCAAAGGGUCGGACUUCAAAACAAGGCUGAUUGGUGGCACUCAUUGGAUGGCCGUGUGCAACAAUUUGCCAGUAAUAGGGGCCAUGCUGGAGAAGACCGUUGAUUUUCAACCGACGUGGAGAAUUUUCGCAGAAGUCAAGUCUCUUCUUCGCGUCGCAAAUUCGGUGCCAGCCGUGAUGAAUGGAGAUCAUAAGACGCUAUUGAAUCUCCUCCCCGAUCGAUUGACGUGCGAAAAGUGGAUCAGGCGAUUUUGUGAAACUUAUGGUAAAAUCUACCAUGUGAUCGACCAGAACUGCCUAAUGACCGAGCUGGAGGAAAUAUCGAUUGCAUGCGUCAACGCCAAUGAAGUGCACGUUCUCAAGAUUCUGUUAGUCAUUGCGAUUGCCAUGCAGACUGACAAGUUGGAGCGACUACACGGGCGCCUGAUACUCAAAGAAGCGGAGAGCCGCAUUCAUACAUCGACACGGUUCCAAAAGCCUUGUAUCGGCGUCGUACAGGCUUUAUUAUUGUUAAUCAUCAUGAAGACAAUCACUGUCUCUGACUCUGACAAGAUUCAUAGUCUCAUGGGUAUUAUGGGGCUGACCACGCAAAUAGUUCUGAGCAUGGGCUUGCAUAGGGAUCCGGCCUUGUUCUCCGGUGUCACCCCUUACUAUGCAGAAGUUCGGAAACGAUUAUGGGCGUGCUUCUUUCGAUUGAACCUCGACUAUUGCAUCAGUAGUGGAUCCCACUUUGGUAUUCGAUUGGAAGAUGUGGACUGUCCUCUCCCGACCCCUAUCGACCUUCUGACCCUUGACCCAGGAACCAUGGAGCCAGCUACCUCAUUGAACCAGGCCCAGGAAGCAACUGAGCAGGCUUUCAACAUCGCUGCAAUGAAGCUUGCUAUAAUGAGAGCUCCAUUGCACCAGCGACUUUGCUCCGCAACUCCUCAAUUAUCAAGCGAGGUGCGGGAUCGAAUGCGUGCCUCCUUCCACAAGAUUCUGCGUGAAUUGCCCCCGAAUCUGCAAGAGGGAGCUUCGUCAUGCAGUCCAAUCGAAAAGCUCCAGCAAGCCUUGUUAUCAGUGCAUGUGCAUAGCUUCAUGAUCAUCAUUACACUCAAUUUUGUCCUAGGAGUUCCGUUUCCUAAUUCACAGCGGGGCGAUCUCUAUGAAGCAUGGGACAAUUCGGUGUCCAUUCUCUAUAAGUUGCAGGAAGGGUUACAGAGCGGCUCUGAGUUGUCUAGCGUGGCUUACCAUCUACUUUGGACUGAUCUUGCCCGCGCAGCAUUGACCGCAUGUCUUGUGGUUGUUCGCCUGCGGAACAUCACUCUGGGGACAACCGUCUGCAAUGCCCCCCCGCCCACGCUGGUCAUGUUUCAACAGCUUUUGCUGAAAUAUCUAGACUCUUUAUCACAGAUUCUAGCGGGAAGAUACCGACUCGGCCCUGUUGUAGCGAAGACGAGACUUGUCCUUGCUGUCGCAAUAACUUUCACCUCAAGCCUAAUCAACGACUUUCACAGCUCGCAACAGGAUUUCAAGUUCUUCCAGGUCGGUAUCACAGCUGCCGAGGAAAUCGUAACCGAAAUGGAGCGUUCUCUGAAACGGGAGUAUCAAGACUCAAUGUUUGCCUUACUAGGAUUCAAUACCAUCAGGACAUCAGCUCCACCAAAUGCCACCAAUAUUAUUGCGGCGAACUGGAUGGACCAUGCACAGCUUCCAGAUCCCUUAAUUCACACGUUGUUUCCAAGCGACUGCGACCUUUACCCAGGGUUGGAAUCUCCCAGUCUGGAUAUGCAGUCCGAUCUAUGUUUACCAUAUUCCAUGGCGCCAUUCGAAUCUACUUCGACGAUUCUAUCCACGUCUAAUAUCUUGUGGGAAGGCGUAUAA